AGGGAGUACUGUACCUACAUCUUUGGCUGCCGGAGAGGCAGUGCCUAAACAUGUAGGUGUUCUCAAAGUUCACAAAAAGGAUUUCAAAAUGAUUAACAUAGAACUGAAAACCGUAAGGCCAUUCAUUUAUGAUGAACUGAUAGUGAAGAAGAAAGAAGAAGAGUAUAAUUAUCGAAACGCUAAUAAAACUCCAUCAGAACUUGCAUUAAUUGAAGUUGAAAACAAGAUUGAGGAGAUGAUACAGAAGGCUAAAGAUCUGGGGCAUCAUGAAUCGGUAUCCAGAAACCCUUUGAUAAGGUUGAAGGUUACGUGUGUAAGUGAAAGUCAGAUGUUCAACACGAUAAGAUUAGGUCAGAUGUAUGCGGGAAAAGUGGCAAACCCUGACGAUAUGAUCAAGUGUCAUUUGAUACGUGAAAAAACUAGACGUCUUGGGUCAGGCCCUGUUGAAGAUAUUAAGGCGGAACGCGACAAUGUAAAUCGCGUUGAAGACAUGGUCUUUGAUUACUUCAAAGAACAUGAUGCUCUGAAGUGCUUGACAGUAAACAUAAUUAAUGAAAUUACCAAGCGAUUUGUGGAUUUCAGUGAUUCUGAUUCGUAUAAUUCGGUUAUGGCGCUGUACAUAAAACAAUGUUUGACUUACUUGGAAGGUAAAAUGGCAGAAAGCGCGGAAGUGGAAGGAUGUAUUAAGCAGUUUAAAGAUGAGAAAGAAGCAGAGUUGCAGCAAUCUGUAAUACAUCUCCUAGACAGACAGGCGGAAAGUGCAUCUAACAGAAAUACAACAGCUGGAGCUUCCGGGUCGAAUACUAAAGUUAGAGCAGCAUCUCAGACUCCCCCCAAGGCAAAUGUUCAGGUCCCAUUUGAGGUGUCGUCGGAUGAGGAUGUCGAUAUUCCUGAACCAGUACUUCCUAAGAGGACUACAUCUAAGACGCAAGCGACAGGAAGGGGGAAGGCAAGGGGCACGCCCAGGGGAGUUAAAAAGUGAAACUCUUUUGAGUGAUCAUCGUUAUAGUGUUUUCUAGUGGGUAAAAAUACCCACAUUGUUUUCUGUUUUUUUGUGCCACUAUUUUCAUUUUAAUUCGAUAAUAACUAACUUAUAAAUCCUUAUAUUUUGACAUGUGGCUGUGGUCGGUAUCACGAUACUUAAUUAAGUUUUGACGACUAUUGAGUUGAGCAGCUGAUCAAGAAGUGACAUCUUUGUGAUCACGUGAAACUCAUUACCGUAGAAAUUAGAGAGCCGGUUAACAUAGUCAAAAACUGUUUUUUUCUUUUGUACAUAGGAAUUUUUCUCAAUAAAAGUCGUGUUAGGAAAUAUGCAUACGUAGCGUACCAAAAACCACAACAAAGCACGACUCUGUCUAUCAAUCUGGCGUUGACAGAUCCGUCAAAAUUGUAUGUCACUUGUCGGUAUAUGGUUUUUUGAAUAGCCCUAGAUAAUCAGAUGUUAUUUGCUAUCACGGUCAAUGUAAUAAAGUAUCGUGUAAAAUACUUUAAGCGUUAAACAAACAUAAUUAGACAAACACAAAAUGCUGUUCUUCAGUCUAUGUUCUAAGUAAGUAUAGCCUGGCUGACUUCAUUUGAAGUUCUAGGAUAUUUAUUGAGUUUAUUUGUUGCAUACAUAUACAAGUUAAUCUAUUGACUAGAGUUUUUUUUUAAUUUUGCUAUGAAGUGCUAGAAUAGGUUUCUAAUAAUUGUAUCUACAUGUUGUAAUUUCUGAUACAAUUUUGUGGAUACAUAAACACUAAUAAGCUUACUGAUCAUUGAAUGGAAAACUGAGAAUGUUUUUAUUUAAAAUCCUAUUCGAAAAUAUGUGUAUGGAUAUCUUGGUAUUUGAAAACGA